AUGACUUCUCCGCCGCUUCUCUCAAGUGACCCUCCAUCCUCCUCCGCCCCUUCUCUUCCGAUCUCUCAGACCGAGCCACACGAAUUAGACAAGAACAACGGUCUUGCCGGUUCGGAUACAGAUCACGAGACAGGACCAGGGCUUCAGCCAACACCUGAGGUGAAAGAAUCUGAUGCCAUCUUGCGAGGAAAGGAGAGCGCCAGAGCGAUUGUCGCAGCUUCUGGCAUCUCUACCAGCGGUGACAAGGUAACAGACUCUCCUCGGCCAUCCAUUCUGAACGGCGGAAGGAAGAGAUCACGAUCAGGCUCAAUCAUCGCGUCUCCUCCGAGGAGUGGUCAUGCUCGUCCAAGAGAAACACCCGUGCAGAAAAUCGAGUUAGAACAGUUUGUUAAUCGUGAAUAUCAACAUAAAGCAUUGGUUGCUCUGCAGAAGUACAAUUCGGGGUUGGCUCAGCAGAAGACCGAGGAAGUUCAGUUCUAUGAAGGUUUGCGACAGCGACGACACCAUGACCCCGGCUCAAUAUUCGGUUACGGGUACGAGGGGUAUGGGAAUCCAAGGACGGAUUCCAAACUCCGUGACCCAUUGAUAUAUCCUGACAAGCGACGAGUCGGUCACAAACAGACGAGAUUGCCCAAGUUCUCCAAGAAGGGGCAAAUGAUACAAGCCGAGCAAACCGAAGAGCUGGUGCCAAUUAGACUGGAUAUAGAAUGGGAUAAGAUCAAGCUCCGUGAUACCUUUACAUGGAACCUACACGAUCGGGUGACCCCCGUUGACUAUUUCGCAGAGAAAUUGGUCGAGGACUUCAACCUGCAAGUCGAAAACUGUCGACCACUAAUUCAUCAGGUAACCCACAGCGUUCGUGAACAAUUAUCAGAUUUCUACCCUCAGAUCUUCAUUGAAGAGCCACCACUCGAUGCGCAUCUUCCAUACUCGGCUUACAAAAAUGAUGAGAUGCGAGUACUCAUCAAACUCAAUAUCACAAUUGGACAACAGACGCUAAUGGACCAGUUCGAGUGGGAGUUAAAUGAUCCUCUGAACUGUCCUGAAGAGUUUGCGCAGUCAAUGACGCGUGAACUGUCCCUAGCUGGAGAGUUCACCACCGCCAUUGCUCAUUCUAUCCGCGAACAAUGUCAACUCUUCUCCAAGUCACUCUAUAUCACAGGUCACGCCUUUGAUGGACGACCAAUCGAAGACGCAGACCUCGUGGAUGCCCUACUCCCCUCUCCUGUACCGUCUUCUUUUCGGCCCUUUCAAUCGACUAAAGACUUCACGCCAUAUCUUUGGGAACUCAGCGAGACGGAGCUUGACAAGGCUGAAUUAUCUAUCUCUCGGGAGCAGCGUCGACAGAAGCGGUCAACCAAUCGCCGUGGUGGCCCUGCACUCCCAGAUCUCAAAGACAGACAGCGUACCAUUCGGUCCCUUAUCAUUUCCUCCGUCAUUCCAGGCGCCGCAUCAACCUUGGAGGAGAGCCGCAUAUUCAAAUUAUCAAGAGCAAGCCGACGAUCCGGCAGAGUUGGUGCUGGUCAACGCGAUGGAUUGGAUGAGUCUGAUGAAUCUGAAAGCGAGGAUUCUGCCCCUAACUCGCCUGCCAUACCUGCCCACCUACUCCAAGGCACCGCAAGAACAAGAGGGAUGCGAGGAGCCGCUUCCGCUGCUCAAGCAGCCAUGCGCGCGAGUUUGAAUGCUUUUGGAGCUGCUGCCAGGUCUGCGACGCCAGAGUCGGCGAGUAUGCAUCAUCACGAAACGAGGACUUCAGCUCGCAGGAGAGAUUAUAGAGAAGAUAGUGAUGAUGAUCUACCACCAGAGAAACUGAUUGUCAAGCUCAAAAUCUCGAGAUAUAGGCUGAAGGAUCUGCUGCGCACAAUGAGGUUGAAAGAAAGAAACGCGGGCAGUCCAUUACCUGGAGCUCACCAGAGAUCUCUCUCCUCAACACCAGCACAUGGCUCCAUGCCUCCACCACCUAGUACAUCACAGAUACCUACAAACCAGCAAGCUGGAGGGAACAGACUGACUCAAGAGCAAUAUGGCGUGGUUGAUGCUCCUUACCCUGACAGCGACGCCCAUCCGGCCCCACUUCCACCGCCCUGGCUCGUCCAAUCCCUCUCCCAACUUAACCGCUCCCACCCCCACUCCCGCUUCGAAGGCACCAUGCGCCGCACCGCCGUCGACCCCGUCACCAACACCCCUUACCCCUCGGCCACUGACCUGACCGGUAAAACCGUCCGUUACAAAUAUUUCCCCCGGAUCAGGUGUCUGGACUGCCCCGGGAAGCAGUAUAACCCGGGCCCCGGGAUGGGAGUGGAGGCGUUUGAGGUGCACCUGAAGAAUUCAAGGCAUAAAGAGAAUGUGGAGAAUAGGUUGAGAGGUGGUGGAGGGGGAGUGAGUGGGAUGGGGAUGAUGGGGCGGAUGGGCUGA